AAUGAAGACUUAUCACCUCGUAUGGAUUGCAAUUGCUGUGUGGGCGGCUGUGGGCGUGGGCGUAGUGAAGGCACCAAUGUCACACGCCCCCACUCACUCUCACGGCCAUAUGAAGCACCAGCACACCAGGGACACGCCCACAAGCACCACACACCGAAGAAGCUGCCAGGGAGCAAACAGGACAGAGCGGACCCAAAAAGGCUGCCUCAAGAGAACCGGGCGAGUCCUCAACUGCUGGAGGACAAUGAACUCUUUCGUGACAGAGAACACCUGAAGGAGGAGCUGCCGGAGUACAUGAACAUUGAGAAGAUAGAACAAAUGUCAGACAAGGAGCUGGAUUACCAUUACUUCAGCAUGCAUGAUUUCGACAACAACCUUAAACUGGAUGGGCUGGAAAUUCUGGCUGCAUUGGGACACGUGGUAGAUGAGGCGGAAGGGGAGGAGGACGAGGAGGAGGGGAAGGAGGGAACAGCGCAGGAUGACGAGGCUCUGAAGGGCUUGAGUGACGAGGAGCGCAAGGUGGUGAGACAGUACAGGUAUCAGAAAUGGGAGGACAGUUGGAAGUUUUAUAUAGAGUUGGUAGACGGCGUGCUGGAGAACAAUGACCAAGAUAAAGAUGGAUUCAUCAGCUGGAGGGAGUUCCUUCGCGGACGCAACAGGAAGAUCUAGUCAGAGUUUUCGAAACAGGAGUCCGCACCCCUGGGAGCAUAUUAGGUAGAUCAUAAGGAUACGUGAAAAAAACGAGGAACCCAAACACAGCGAAGAAACCUCUUAUGUUUUAUGAAGGCAAAGGGAAGGGAAGAGAGGACAGGCGCUAAAGAACUAUGCAUAUUGUACGUGUAUAUAAGAGCAAUAGUAGUGGAAUAUCUGCCUGCCACUCACUGGUUGUUCAGUCUUCUCUUGUCAGAGUGCGUGUCUUUCUUUUUUUUUUUUUUUUUCUUUAAUAACAUGUAAACUUUAAGCAUCCUAUUAUUUCAGUGUGACAUAUUCGAAUUUAUGGCUCACCACUCAUAUUACGUAAUCUUUUCCUAUUUUAUGUAAUAUCAGUAUUUACCUUCAAUAAAAUGGAGUUUGCUUAGCCAUCGGGGGCGGGGCAGGGCGGGACGCGAGGCGAGGUGGUCCGUAACAAUUGGAGAAGGAAAUAAAGGGUACAACAGCCGAAAAUAUUUGGACAACACGGGAUUCUAAGCUAUGUAAGACAAGUAUGUAUGAAUGUAUGGAUGGGAAUGAAAAGUGUAGCAUAGGAUAUGAUAUGCAGGGAGACCAGUAACAGGUUGUACACUCGUUAUAAAUACUAUCGGUGCAUGGUAUGAUCGACUAUUACAACCUGACCGUAGUAUUGUGUUCAGAGUAUAGGCAGCCAUGAUAAAAAGAGGUCAAUGCAUACUAGGUGCUUCUAUAGGUUAAAAAAUGUCUCUAUAUUAUCAAUUCUGGCAUCUCAACACUCUCCUUUCCCAAAUUUGAUCGUCACUAAUCUCAAAAUGUUUAGCCUAAAGUGUGCACCGGUAUAAUUUGAGCGAGUAUCUUGGAAUAAUGAACAUCAGGAGUACCUAAGUAGAAUGGAAACUCUUAAACUAUAACCGGUUCCGUAUUUUCGUUUUACCUGCUACUCACUCAGCUUCAAGAGAGAGGUUUAAGGACACUUAUCUAAUUCUGGUUCAUUCCUUUGGCUUUAUUCUUUAGUGUCUUAUUCUACCUUUUUGUAUCCCUUCACCAGAGCUCUGCAUUGAAAGAUAGUAAUAAUAAUAAUGGUAAUAAUACAUAAACAGAACAACAAAAGACUAUACCUUGGCAAAAUGAACAAAUUUCAUAGUGUACGAAAAAAAAAAAAAAUAAGAAGAAAAAGAAAAGAAUGAUAACAGAGUGUUAACAUGAAACAAAGAACAGGAAGAUUUAAACACGAAAGUUCUAAUCGAGCGUACAGAAGCACAUCUUGUAUGAACUUAAUUACGAAUGACUAUAAAGAACAAAGUGCAAAAAGAAUAGGAAGACUGGAACACCACAGCGGUGACUGUCAGUAUUGCAUCAUUGUGAAUAAUAAAUGAUGAAUGACAAAUACACACACACACACACACACACACACACACACACACACACACACACACACACACACACACACACACACACACACACACACACAUUCAGUUACAAAAUGUUUAAGAUGAAAUA